UCCGGCGAAACUUUAGUCUGAGAUACGGAAGAAUCAGAUCAAACGCCUGCGACCAAGAAUUUCAGAAGCGGACAGAAGAAGAAAGAGAUAAACUUCACAUCAAUUGUGAAGGCAUAAAAUGGGAAACACUUCGUCGAUGCUGACUCAAUACGACAUCGAAGAAGUCCAGAGCCAUUGUGAUGAUCUAUUUGAACAGCAGGAGAUUCUAUCUCUGUAUCAAAGGUUUUGCCAGUUAGAUCGUAAUGCAAAGGGAUUUAUUUCUGCUGAUGAGUUUCUCUCUGUGCCUGAAUUUGCAAUGAAUCCACUAUCUCAGAGGCUGCUUAAGAUGGUUGAUGGUUUGAACUUUAAGGAUUUUGUGGCUUUCCUGUCUGCAUUUAGUGCCAAGGCAAGUCUACGACAAAAAGUUCAACUGAUCUUUAAAGUCUAUGAUUCGGACUGCAACGGGAAGGUCUCCUUUAAAGAUAUCAUGGAAGUGUUGCGGGACUUAUCGGGAUCAUUCAUGUCUGAUGAGCAAAGAGAGGAAGUACUGAGCCAGGUUUUGAAGGAAUCAGGAUACACAAGUGACUCUUUCUUAACACUGGAGGAUUUCAUAAAGAUCUUUGGGAGUUGCAGACCGGAGAUGGACGUCGAAAUUCCUGUGGACUAGGUUUAUGAUCAAUAUCAUCAAAACACAACACUCAAAAUCUCAUCGUGUAUUUUGUCCACACUGUCACUAGAAUAAUCCUUCCUUGUAAUUGAUUACACCAUUGCAUGUUCUUUCCUAACAUUCUUAUGAAGUUUUGCAUGUUUCCUCAACA